AUGGCGGCAGGCUCCGAUUUGGAAGAUGUUUUCACCGCUGCACAGCGAUCGAAAAGUACCGACGCGGACCGGACGGUUGUCACCAACGAUUCCGUAAGCGUCGACAACUUCACCGGCGGACCCGUCCUGAGGACUUCAGACCGCAGUUCACCACAGCAGACCCUGGAGCCUGAACCGACUGGCAGUCUCGUGAGACCCCCGGUCCAGACUGCCUCCACCUACGCUCUGGCGAACCGAACCGAACCCAUGCACACCCAUCCCAUUGUGCCUUCCAGCGUUGCUAUGGGGACGGCGCCAAACGGGAGGAGCCCGACUGUCGCCCAAAACAUUCGGACCUCCGCUGUCCCUGUGAGUGUAAUACAAGCCGCUACCCCCCAGAACGUGGGUCCGAGACCAACCCUCGGACAGCGGAACGCCACAAGCAUCCAGCUGCCUCCAGGCAUGGUGCUAGUUCGCAAUGAAAAUGGGCAACUGCUGAUGAUUCAUCACCAGGCCUUGGCUCAGAUUCAGGCGCAGUCUUCCGGCACGAUGACACCCCGACCUGUUGUUCCCACCAGCCCGGCCCAGAUGACUCCCCUACAGACACCAAAUUUGUCACCACAUGUCCACUCCACCACCCACACGGCGAUCGGCAAACAAAGCUCUCCAGCACCACUGCAGAGACCUCCCUUACUCCAGAACACAGUCAUGAUGGGAGGAGGAGUCCCGCCCACCAGGCAGCUCCCCGGGGCCCCCGUCCAGCCAGGCUCACCGGGAGAACAGAGGGUUGGACCUGCUCCACCAAUACCAGUCACAGCUGAGACGCUGGAGAACGUUAAAAAGUGCCGGAAGUUUUUGUCAACGCUCAUCAAGCUGGCGUCAGGCGGAAAACAGUCGCCGGAAACCAUCGCCAACGUCAAGCAGCUGGUCAAGAACCUGCUGGAGUCAAAGCUGGAGCCAGAAGAGUUCAUCAGCAGCCUUUACAAGGAGCUCAACUCUCCACCACAACCGUACCUCGUGCCUUUUCUCAAGCGGAGCCUCCCAGCUCUGCGGCAGAUGACCCCCGACUCUGAGGCCUUCAUCCAUCAGAGCUUGAUGCCUCUGAGCAGCACUCAACCUCCCGCUGCCACUGCGCCGCGCCCCUCUCUAACCACGGCCGCCACCAGCGACUCCGCAGCCAUCAAAACCACCGGCAUCAGGCUCACGCAGAACUCUCACAAUAAAGCUGGAUUGAUUGUAGCCCAGCAACCUGGGGCCAUGCUGAGGCCGCAGGUGCCGCUGGCUCAGUCGUCUAUGUUAGGACCACCUCACAGUCGGGUCAUCUUGGGUCAACAGCCCACGGUCCAUCAGUUACAUUCAGUUCCUGCCUUGAAGUCGCCAUUCGGAGCCAGAGUUCAUCUGGUUGACCCAGGCCCUCCGGGCGCCGCUCCCAACGCCAAGCCGAAAGAUCCCGCGUCAUUCAAAGAGGAUGAUGACAUCAAUGACGUGGCCUCCAUGGCAGGAGUCAACUUGUCGGAGGAGAGUGCUCGUAUCCUAGCAACCAACAGUGUGCAUGUCGGGGCCGUGACAAGAUCCUGUAAGGACGAGGCCUUUUUGUCCACAUCCUUCCUCACACGCAAGGUUCUGGAGAUUGGAAAGCGCUUUGGCGUCACCGAGGUCAGCUGCGACGUGAUUAACUUGGUUUCUCACGGCGUGCAGCAGAGGCUCCGAAACCUGCUGGUAACGGUGUCUCGUGUGGCUCAGCAGAGAAACAUAACCUUUAAGGAGGACGGGGAGCACGAGCAGAGCAGCGACGUCCGAGCUCAGCUCAAGUUCUUUGAGCAGCUGGAUCAGAUGGAGAAGCAAAAGAAGGAGGACCAGGAGAGAGAGAUACUCCUGAAGGUCGCCAAGUCUCGCGCACGCCAGGAGGACCCGGAGCAGCUCAGGCUGAAGCAGAAGGCCAGAGAGAUGCAGCAGCAGGAGCAGGCUCAGAUUCAGCAGAGGGAGGCGAACCAAACGGCGCUGGCGGCCAUCGGCCCCAGGAAAAAGAGGCUCAUUGAUUCUCCGUUCCCACGAUUCAGCGCAGAGGGCGCGGGGUCGAGCCCCACCCGGCGCGACAGCCCCGGCAGCGGAGCCUCCAGACAGUUCACCCGGCAGCGCAUCACUCGAGUCAACCUGAAGGACCUUCUGUUCUGCCUGGAGAACGAGCGCGUGAGCCGCCACUCGCACCUGCUCUACAAGGGCUUCCUCAAAUAGCACCCCGGAGCGGGAUGCCAGCACUGAUCCCUUCUUUAUCGCCCUCUGCUGAGCGAUGGAGGGAAAAGUCACCAUCAGCUUUUCUCCUCUUUUAGAAGCCUCUUCAACCGUGAGACCUUUUUUUUUGUUCAUUUCCAAUGCAGAAACGGAGCAAAUGUCAUUACCGGAGCCUGAUUUUGAGCGUGCCCUUCAGCGCGCUCGCACCCAGACACACUUCACCUGCACUGCACUCAAGAAAAAUCUCUUUAACUCGACUGAGUGCUCAGAAAAAAAAACCUCAGUGUGUCUGAGAUGUAGCUGCAAAUCCCAGUGAAGUGAUUCCAUCUCAGAAACAUUCGUCCUUCAGCAUACUGAUUCUCAAGAACAUCGGCGCCGCAGGACUCAAACAGUGCCAAUAUUUUACUGAAGUUCAGAACAGAUAUUAUAAUUUAUCACUAUUUAUACACAAAUGAAACACCUGUGUGUUUUAAAGAUGAACUUUUGCUGCAUGGCCUUGGAAAGAAACUAAGCCAUAUGGAUUAGAAUGUUCUCACCAUCUCUAUAUUUUGUCAUACCAAUACUAAACACAACUAUUGAUAUAUCUUUUACUGACUUUAUACGUUAUUCAUAUUUUGAAUUUAUAGGCGCAAUUUCAAAAUUGAUGCCCGAAGUAUCGGCUGUUUUUUGCACAGAGCUACUUUAAAUAUCGCUGCCAAGGUACCUCUCUUUUCACAUGAAUGAAUGUAGGAUUAUUUGUGUAUUUAAACACACAGUAUGUGACUUCAAAAGCUGCAAUAGUAGAGUAUGAAGAACUAUAAUCCAAUUUUAAUAUAUUCCUUUUUGUUUUCUAGUGGCACUUUUCAAGAUCAUCUUGCAACAUUGGAACAUAAAAAAUAUUUUCUGCCUUCUACUGUUCAUAUAUGACAGAUACACAGCAAUACUUUGCACAUUUGGCUCACAUUUGUUUUAUAUGUUGAUACCUGACUUUUGGAAUGUAUUUUUGAAAGAGAUUGAAAAAUAUAAAUGAAAAUA